AUGAAGAUGAAGAUGAUGGAGAUGGAAAUAGAAGUUUGGAGAAUGGGUUUGAUUGCAGGUAUGAUGGCAUGCAUUUGGAUGGUAUGGAAAGUUAUAAACUGGGGCUGGUUGAAGCCGAAGAAGCUGGAAAAGUGUUUAAGAGGACAAGGAAUAAACGGAACUCCCUAUAAGCUGCUUAUUGGAGAUAUCAAAAAAACCAACAUGAUGAACAAGAAAGCCCAGAGCAAACCCAUGGAUUCCCUCUCUCAUGACAUUGUCUCCCGUGUCCUACCUUUUGAACUCGACGUUAUUACCAAUUACGGAAAGAAUUCAUUUAUGUGGAAAGGACCAUGGCCGGUUUUGAUUUUGAUGGACCCAGAAAUGAUUAAGGAAGUUUUGAACAGAUUUAAUGAGUUCGAGAAGCCACGACUGACAUCCCUGCCUGCAACUCUGGCGAGUGGACUUGUUGUACACGAGGGUGACCAGUGGGCAAAACACAGAAGUCUUCUCAACCCAGCUUACCGUGUUGACAAGCUGAAGCUUAUGCUACCAGCUUUUGAAGCGAGUUGUGAGGAGAUGUUGAAAGAAUGGGAAGCUAUGGCCUCAGCAAAAGGGUCAUUGGAGGUGGAUAUGUGGGCUUGUUUUCAUGAUUUAUCUUGCAAAAUGCUUGCUCGAGCAGCUUUUGGAAGCUACCAUGAAGAAGGUAGAAAGAUAUUCCUUCUCCAAAAAGAACAAGUUGAUCUUGGACUCCAGGCCCUCAAAUCUCUUUUAAUCCCUGGAGCCAGAUACAUUCCCACAAAAAAUAAUAGGAGGUUGAACGAAACUGAGAAGGAAAUGAUAACUUCGUUUAAAGCGAUCAUUAACAAAAGAGAGAAGCUAAUGGAGAGAGGAGAAACUUUUAACGACUUACUGGGUUCUUAUAUGGAAUUGAAUUCAAAACAAAUUAGAGAACAUGGAAAGAAAGCUGGAAUGACACAAGCUGAGCUUAUUGAUGAAUGCAAGGCUUUCUACUUGGCUGGGGAAAAUGCAACCUCCGUCUUGCUAACAUGGACGAUGGUUCUGUUGAGCAUGCACCAAGAUUGGCAAACCAAAGCAAGAGAAGAGGUUUUGCAAGUUUUUGGCAAUAAGAAUCCAGAUUUUGAAGGCUUAAACCGCUUAAAAAUUGUAACGAUGAUUCUUCAUGAGGCAUGUAGACUAUAUCCCCCUGCAGUCUUCCUCCUUAGAAUGGUUUAUGAGGAGACAAAGUUGGGAAAAUUGACGUUACCUCCAGGACUGAUUAUCAUGUUGCCGAUAAUGUUGGUUCAACAUGAUUGUGAUCUGUGGGGAGAUGAUGUGAACGAGUUCAAGCCAGAGAGAUUUGGUGAAGGAGUCUCCAAAGCAACCAAGGGCCAACUUUCUCAUUUCCCCUUUAGUGGAGGUCCAAGAACUUGUAUUGGACAGAAUUUUGGAAUGUUGCAGGCUAAACUGACAAUGUCAAUGAUUCUGCAACGUUUUUGGUGUGAGGUUUCUCCAUCAUAUUCUCAUGCUCCAUACCCUUCUAUCACUCUUCAACCUCAACAUGGUGCUCAUGUACUUCUGCAUAAGAUAAGUGUAGACUAG